AUGCAGCCGGAUGCUACAAGCAAAAGGAAAGUCGGCCCGCCUGCGGGGGGGGCCGAAGGAGAAGCUGAGGGCGCCCUGCCAGGGCGCACGCUGCCGGUGUUCGGCAGCUCGCUUGGCCUCCCUCCGGAUCACGGCCCCCCUCCGGUGGGCAGCUACACGGGCGAGCUGCUCGGCGGUGAGGAAGGGCGGGGGAGGCGGGGGGGGGAGGAAAAGGCAGCCAUGACAAGAGAAUGUGAGAUGAUUCUGGUGGGCGCCCGGAAAAUGUGCCUACAGCCUGCAUCGUCAAAGCAUGCUGCAUUGAUCUCCAGUGCUGACAGCUUUCUCGGCCUAAAAAGUCUGGCGAUCCCACAUCGGGUUCUCCUGCCGGAGCCAGGGUCCAAUCCGCCAACGUGCGCCUCGGCAAGGAAUGGGUGCUUCAACACACAUGCAGAUAAGAGUUCUUCUUAG